CGUCGGUCCACGGGGGGGCAUCGGUCCAUGGGGGGGCGUCGGUCCACGGAGGAGCGUCUGGGGGUCCGCAAGGUGGGGCUGGAGGAGGCCCUGGCGCUGGGCCCUGAGUGGCGGCACGCGUGCCACGCGAUGCUCUACGCCCCGGACCCCGGGCUGCUCUUCCGCCGCAUCCCGCUGCGCUACUUGGUCCUGAUGCAGAUGCGCUUUGACGGGCGCUUGGGCUUCCCGGGCGGUUUCGUGCAUUUCCCGGACCAAAGCCUGGAGGACGGGCUGAACCAGGAGCUGCUGGAGGAGCUGGGCGAGGCCGCGACCGCCUUCCGCGUGGAGCGCGCCGACUACCGCAACUCGUACGUGUCGUCCGCGUCGUCGGCCCCGCGCGUCGUGGCCCAUUUCUACAUCAAGAGCCUGCCGCUGGAGCAGCUGAAGGCCGUGGAGAGGGGCGCGCCGCUGGCCCAGGACCACGGGCUGGAGGUGCUGGGCCUGGUGCGGGUGCCCCUGUACACGCUGCGGGACGGUGUGAGCGGCCUGCCUGCCUUCCUGGAGAACACCUUCAUUGGGACUGCCCGGGAGCAGCUGGUGGAAGCCCUCCAGGACUUGGGACUGCUAGACCCUGGCUCUGCCCUCAGGCCUUAAGGCCUCAGCUCUGAGAUCAGGACCUUUGUCCGUGUGAGAGGGAGGAGAAAGGAGUGUUUUCUUUUCCUGGGCCUGAGCCUGAUAGGUAAUAGAUUAAAAGGAGAAGUAUGUGCAAUAUGUUCUGAGCUUAAGGCUCCCAGCAACUCAUGGCAUCAAAGGCAAAAAGCUGCAUCUCCUCCCAGGGGACCUGACAAAUCUCAGAGCCUGUCUCCCUGUACACACACACACACACACACACACAUACACACAGAGUCUGGCAGCCCCCAGACAUUUGAAUGUGAAAGUCUGUGCCCACAUACAAGCUGAUGCCUCCCUGACCCCCAAAGUUUAGUUUACCUGGGAAGUGGGCCUAAGCUGUCACCAUCCCAUGCUCUUGCCGAGGAGGAGCUUGUGAACCACACUCCCACAUGGUCUCUUCCACGCUCAUAUGUGGCUGCUCUCCAGGGUCUACCCCAGCCCACGAUUGUUGAGGACAGGGAAGCCGAGGACCCCUUUUCCCUCUGAAAGUGGUCGCAUCCUUGCCUGGGAAUUGGCCCAAGCAGUAUACCCCUGAAAGAAGGUUCAAGAGUCCUAACCAACCCCCAGCUGUCUUCUGAAACUGAGCUUGGAAAUGGUUUGGUCUACUUGGACUGACCUUGAACUUGACACAUCUGAGUCCUGGUGCAUCUCCUUCAGGGUUUUCAUCUUUGGGACCCUUUAGGCUCUGGGGACAUUAGAAGGGAGCUGCCACAGCCCUGCACUAGCCCUGCUCUGAUAGAAAGAACCUCCCAGGAAAGGGUUUGUAGGGGGCUUCCUGGCUCUCUUGUUCUUUCGACAAUGUGUAUGAGGAAUUGGAGAUCUAGGGACGAGAGCCAGCUCUCUUCCCGGCUGGGAAGCUUUCAGGGGCUAAAUAGUAAAUAUUUUAAGCUUUGUUGGGCCACAUGGUCUUUGUAGCAACUGUUGAACUCUGCCAUGUCAGAAGUAGUAAUGGACAAUACAUAAAUAAAUGGGUGUGGCUGUGUCCAAUAAAACUCCUUAUUUUUAAA